GUUCGGGUAGUGGGAUGCUUGACCUAAUAUAAGACUAGCACCAAGGCGUGACGCCGCGACGGACAAGGCCGAAUUCCAUAGACCUCUCCACGACUUCCUUUUGAGUCUGUUAUCAAACACUAGAAGCAAACCCGUCGAGGUACAAACAAUCACAGGGCUAACAUCAUGUCUACGCCCAUGGAUGUCGGACUUUUCAUUCCAAUCGGCAACAACGGUUGGAUCAUAUCCGAAAAUUCCCCGCAAUACAAACCGUCGUUCGAAUUGAACAAGCAAGUCGUACAGAAGGCAGAAGGUUACGGCCUUGACUUUGCCCUGUCUAUGAUCAAACUGCGAGGUUAUGGCGGCAAAACAGAAUUCUGGGAUCACAAUCUUGAAUCCUUCACCCUGAUGAGUGCCCUAGCCGCAGUCACCAGCAAAAUCAAGGUCUUUGCAACGGCUGCCGUCCUGACAAUACCACCCGCCAUUCUUGCUCGGAUGGCGACCACAAUCGACUCAGUCGCCCCCGGCCGCUUCGGAAUCAACAUUGUGACUGGCUGGCAACAGGCCGAAUACUCGCAAAUGGGUCUUUGGCCCGGAAAUGCGUUCUUCGGAUAUCGCUAUGAGUACGCCACAGAAUAUGUCCAAGUCAUGAAAGACCUCUGGAAGAAUUCUCAAUCAGAUUUCAAAGGAAAAUACUUCCAGAUGGACGACUGCAAGCUCUCGCCCACUCCAUCAUCCGACGUCAAACUCGUCGUCGCUGGUGAGAGCGAUCGUGGCAUGGAGUUCGCAGCCAAAUAUUGCGACUACAACUUCGUCAAAGGUCUCGGUGUGAACACCCCCACCGCCGCCAAACAGAUCAAUGAGCGUCUAUUGGCGGCGGCGGCCAAAACAGGCCGUGAUGUCGGCGCUUAUGUUCUCUUUAUGAUCAUCGCCGAGGCCACCGACGAAGACGCUGAAGCGAAAUGGCAGAACUACCGUGACGGCGCGGACGUUGAAGCAUUGGCUUGGAUGUCCGGCCAAGCGGGUAUGGAUAAGUCCGCUGCGGCCAACAGCACGGCGAAGACAAUGGCUCUGCCUGAAGGAGCUGUGAAUAUGAAUAUCGGCACGUUGGUGGGCAGUUAUGAAAAAGUGGCGGCCAUGUUGGAUGAGGCUGCCAGUGUCGAGGGCACCAAGGGGCUGCUGUUGAUUUUCGAUGAUUAUUUGCCUGCUUUGGACAAGUUUGGGAAGGAGAUUCAGCCCAGGAUGAAGUGUCGGGCUCACGUCAAGGUCAAGAAUGACAAGAAACGACCAUUCGAACCUGAGACAGACCUCGAUUCAUGAUCUUCAGUAGUGAAUCAAAAGCCUAGAAAUCAUCUUCCUGAUGGACAUGCCGUGAUUGAAUGUCUC